UUAGUGUAGUGAAGUUCAACACAUACGGGGUGUUAUAAAGACACUACCAGGAAGAAGCGGUAACUUCUUCAGGGUUCGUGGGGUCAAAGAUGAUUUCAAGCUGACGUUAACAUAGUAACGCCGCGUUUUAACUUCCUCGUAGAUCCUAAAAGCCACAAGGGAGACGCUGUUUGUAGUUGUUGGGGAUAAAAAGGAGCAGAGAGGAGAGAGUAGACCUGCAAAGGACAUCUUUACAUACAAGUGACUACAUGUACCACACCCAUCACCAGUGAGUCAAGAGGGCGGUUACAACAUAAGUGUGGCCGGUCAAAUGAUUCUGGGCAGUGUAACGACACAGAGACCCGCCUUAGCCUCUGAGAGAGGGCUAUAAGUUUCGUUAUCGGAUUUAUAUUGUGAAAUCAUGUAUAAUAAGGAGGGAUAUUUUACCAGUGCGUAAACAGUAGUACAGAGACGACUGAGGAGGGGUUUGGCCAGCAUACAUCGUGCUGGAAGACGGAGGAAGGCCCCUGAGUGGUCUGAUUUAAAUAACACAUAACAGGUCUCAGUAAAAAGUCAACAUGGCGUUAGAAUCCGAUUUGAUUGGCGUGCUGGUAGGCGGGGUUAUCGGAGGCGUGAUUUUGAUCAUUGUGCUCAUUCUUCUGUGCUAUUUAGCGUGCAGACCUAAAUCAAAGCAGAAAUACCAGAAACACCGCCAGUUCUACGACCCCGGUAGCUACCUUCCCUCAGUGGAACCGUCCCUUGUUCACGGGAGCGUAUCCAGUCUUACAAAACCCCACCACGGCGGCCGUUGGAUAUCCUCUGACCCUUACGGGGGCUCUCUACCCACCGGUAUGAAUAGGUGGGGCUCCAACCCGGGGAUGUACGCUGUGGGACCCAACCCCGCCUACCAGCAGUUCCACAGGGGAUUCCACGGGUUUGAGAACUUGGAGCGCGGGAAGGCGCACUCAGAGCAAAGAUUAGAUACACUUGGCGUUUCCCGUCAACCUGUUCGCCGUGCCAAUAGCAGUAUGUUGCAGCCCCCUCCUGGGAAAGCGUUCUACCAGGCUAGGUCGCCAUUUGUGCCUUUAGAAACCAACUUCGAGACACAGUUACAGGAAACAUUUAUAUCUGACGGCACAAUACGUGAUAACAGUGCUUUAUUUGACAUGCCCCGACACAGCAUAGAGUCUUCGUCGCUAGGGACGCCUGGUUCCAGAGCAAGACUCCUGAAAAAUACUAAUACAGACGGUGGUGCGUAUAAUUUCGGGUAUGAAAGCGAAGAGGAAGGAGAAGAAGAACAAGAACAGCAAGCGUCCCCCAAUCAUAUCGGCGUAGUUCGACCCAUUAGCAGGGCUAGUCAUGGUACUGCGAAAUCUGACGUUGGGCAACACGUAAAUGAAACUGCUGAAGCAUUUAAGUUCUUGGACGGUUAUUUCAAAGACGAAGAAGUGACACCUAUUGUUGGGAAGCAUAACUAAAAAUAAACAGAGUGAUGUAAGUGACAUUAGUGGCGUCUACUAGGGGGUGUGCCGAUAACAUAACUCAUUUGCGGUGUUACCACGGCGUUACCAGACACCUAGGAAGUACCAUGAAUGGGAAAGAGGCUUUUCGAAAUCCUUCCAUAAAACGGGUACCUCAUAUCCAAAACAAUGACAGACGAGCCAUUUUGCAUGCUUCCCUAUAUCUUAGACUUGUCAGAAGGUAUUUAACUAUGAAUACAUGAAUUGGCCGUGAAGCUAGAUUGUGAUAGUUACUGAUACGAAGCUCUACGUGCAUACUGAAAGCAAACAGAUAUACUCUAUACAAUGUGAUAAAAGGUGCGCACAGUUCAUUGGGCACGUGUGUUAACACGCGUUAUACAUGUACAUGUAACUGGAUUGGGUCCAAGUACAUUCCUCAACUUUUUUACUGCGUUGUAACAGUGAAAGAUGAGACAUAAUGCAACGGAUAUAUGCAACAGAGCGGAAAUUAUGGUGCAUCAUCAGCUGUUUAUCGGAAGAUAACGAUGCUGAACAUCCUGAGACUUGAUAAUUAAAUUGAGGAGACAAGUAUCACUAACACACACACUGGGAAUUAACACACUCGUGAAAUCUUCCAAAUUUGGGUGCUUACCAAGAGGCAUGACUACACCCAGAUAUAAAAUUACUCCUGGAAUCGAUAUUACACUUGAGAGUAAUUCACUUGCUCGAGGGGAAAAAGUACAAGAAAUAAUAAAUGUUUUUGCUUGUCAUGAGUAAUUGAUAAGCAAUAGGAGCUGACUUUGUUUUCAGUCCCCGUGAAACCAAGGUGCAUACAAGGAUGGAAAUUAUUUAACAGACAAUGCUACAUUGUGGAACUCCCAGAACUUUUCAUGUAUUGUAUUUGAAUCCAGUGUUUCUGUUUUAUCAGUUGGAAUUCAAAAAUUGUAAUUACUAACAGCACCAAAGUUGGGUGCUUAUCGCUGGUGUAUAGUGUGGUGUCGUGGACGUUUUAUAAAAUAAUUGUUCGAUUUUUGUUUAAAUAUAGAGCGGGUCCUAAUUUAAAUACAAGAGGUGAUUUUUUUUUUUUUUUUUUUGUCAUUUAUGGUUAAUUUUCCCUUUUAGUAUGACAUGUUUAGCCACACAGAAGAAAAAUGAUUAAUAAUAUCGAAAUGCUAUGUAGAACUGGAUAAUCACUCAAGGAUCUUUCCAAGCUUAAUCCCCCUUAUUUUUACAAUAACUAUUUUGAGACGCUUUUUGCAAAUAUCAUCGGCCAAUAUGUGUGUUGCUUCGGAAAUCUCUUGUUGUUUCAUUGUUUACCUACAGCAGUAUUCUGUUUUUAUGAAUAUUUUUAAACAGUGCUAGAAACCUCUAACUUUGUAUUUUUAUAGUAUUUUGAACAUUGAUACACUGUUAUUUGAUUCGGUGUGUUUUUCAUAGCUUUAUAGAAAAUUAUGGUUCAAAUUUGUUACUGCAAGAUUAUAUGGGAGAUUGAGUGAUAUGGUAGCCGAUUAAAGAUCUUAUGUGAAGUGUUUUAGUUAAAUAUAACAAAUUGUUCUUGCCAGUCAUUUCAUUUUUGUUUAGUGUAAACUGCUGAUAACUUUUCUAGCUUACCGCAGUCCAAUGAGAGUUACUGCGUUAAUGAUUUUCUUUUUGGUGCAAAUUUUGUAGUAUUUAAUGUAGAUGUAGAUAUGCUAAUAUCUAAGUAUUAAUAAGGAAUAAAACAACCGUUAUGAAAA